AUGCGAACGCCGCCGCCGUCAGUCUCCCAUUGCGAACUCCGGCGCCGGUGCGUCGUCACCAUUGAAAGGGCGGUGCCGCGGGGCGGCGGGCCGUGCACUGGCGCCAAGGCGGCGGCCGCGCCGCGAUACCACAUGGUCCGGGUGCCGAGGCGCUUUAUUGUAGGAGGGUUUGGUUUCGCGUUCCUAAAAAACAUUAUGUGCGAGCUUCGUGCCUGGUCGCGGCGCCGCGAUUGGCUCGCGAACCGUGAAGCGGCCAUGUGGCCCCAAAAGGUAGGAAACCAUGCUGCGCCAGUUGCUGUUGUUGUUGAUUUUUUUUGGUCUUCUGGCGGGGGGGCCGUUCGGCGCUCCCGAAACUGCUGGGCCGGGCGCUUGCGCGCGCCGUGCGCGGCGGGUCUUGGGGAGUGUGGGGGAGAGGCCGAAGGAGCGGGGGCGCGGGCAGGCGCGGCUCGCGCCCUGCGAUUUCCGCGACAGCCGCGAAGUCCGGUGGCCGGGCGGCGGCGGAGUUGUUCCGCGUGUUUUCGUCGCGGGCUUUUCCAAAAUUGA